AUGGCGAGAAGGCAUGUUCAGGACGAUGUGCUGGGCAACAAAUUCAGCCUCAUGAACGCCAAAAGUUCGAAAUUGUUAUCCUCGUGGAUGGGCUCCGAGCCAGAACCAGCAGCUCCUUCCGCCAGUCUUUCAGACAACGCCAAGGACGAAGACGCAGACUUGAAGCAAGCCGACUUUGGCCACGACAGGCUUGGCGUGGGCUCAGCCAUCCCCAAGGACGUAGCAGAUGGAAGUUUCACCCGGCGAGCGCCAACAUCAAACGACAAGCUGCUUGAGCAGCUCAUCGGCAAGAAGCGCGCAAAAGCGCACCUCGCAGCCAAACAGGAGGCCGAGCGAGCAAGCGCGCGCCAACAGCCAACAUGGCAGCAGAAGAAAGAAGAAAAGAAGAUCGAAGAGAGCGAGGACGAGGAGGAGGGGCGUGCUGCUAUGAUCACAUCAAAGAGGCAGAAGACGCAACAGCAGCAGCAGAAGAAGAAGAAAAAUAAGCCUAUAGUUGCGGUACCAAAGGAGGAGGAGGACGAGGUAAUGGGGGGGCUAGAUGGAGAGUUGAAAGAGGAUGCUGUCGCCGUGACGCAGGACGAACAGCAAGAGUCGAAGAAGGAGGAGUCAGAUGACGACGUCGAUCUGAAGCCGAAGAAGCGCGUUAAGAAGAGCAGAACAAAACCGACGAGCUAUCUUGAUGAGCUUCUGGCGGAGCGUAGCAAGAAGAAGAAAGGCAAAGGCACAGGAGGUGAAGACAUUUGA